AGGUUGUGAUUAUCAGUACGCUCCGAUAGUGAACGGUGGGCCCGCUCGGCUGCCUGUUAUAUUCUGUUUCUCGUAGUACAAGUUGACUUGAACUGUUUAUUGAAUUUGCUAUUUUACGGAAUUAUAUUCAAAGUUAUAAUAUAAUGUCGUGCCUCAAAUGUAACUCGGCUGCCACUCCUAACGCUGCUGAUGUCAUCAAGUGUACCAAGUGUGAUAGCAUUUUUCAUGUUGAAUGUACGCGUAUCCGAACAAAAGGAAAGUUAGCAGGACUUGGCGCAAAAAAAGAUACGUGGCAUUGUGACGAUUGCAAUAAUACAACUGUGACUGUAUCUUCCGCUGACCAGGAUUCAGUUCUCCAGGCCAUUAACUCGCUUUCUACUCAAAUGAACUCUAAACUCGACGCUAAUUUCAAUAAGAUAACAAGCCUGGAAAGUGCCGUCAUUAAGAACACUACUAUUUUAAACGAAUUGCAGAGUUCAGUGAAUCUAGUCAAAUUGGAAACUGAGAAUCUAAGGGGUGAGUGCGAGGGUUUGAAGCAGUUGAAUGAUAAGCUUUCAAGAGAACUAUACUAUACAAAACAAGACCUCAGAGACUUACAACAAUACUCCCGGAUUAACAACAUUGAAGUUGCUGGCAUCCCCGUAACAAACAACGAAGAUGUAUACAGGAUUAUGGAGUGUGUUGCUAAAGCAUUACAAGUGACAUACUCCGGGACAGAUAUAUCUAUAGCACAUCGAAUUCCUGUGACAAAGAACGCUAAACACCCCUCCAUAAUAGCUUGUUUCUUAUCGAGAUCUACACGGGAUUCGUGGUUGUCUGCUGGAAGAAAGCACCGAUUAACGGCGAAGAAGGUGGACGCUGCCCUACCGGAUGGAAAUGUUUUCAUCAACGAACACUUAACACCUCAGAACAAGUACAUUCUAUCGUAGGAAAAAGAUUGGUGAAAGAUAAAAAAAUCGAUAGUGCGUGGCUAAGGAACGGAAGAGUGUGGGUGAAGGUGCAUACCAACGACAGUCCUAUCAGAGUAUGGGUUCCAGAUGACAUUCAUGAGGCAGUAGCUAACAGUUCACGUGAAAACUGUUGAAAAAGUGGCCGGUAAUGUGGAAAAAAUUUUUGUAAAAUAAGUCAUGGAUAAGCCAGCUCUCACCGUUCUUAGGCCGCCUAGGCCGGACCUGUUCUGACGUCAGACGAGAGUCGUUUGCAAGGGUCGCCUGAA